UAGGUUGAUAUCCAAGCAUUAUAUUGCAAAAUUCCCAACUGGCAAGGACUAUUUUUAUAUAUAGUGGGAUCAUAUUACCGCUAUUUUGAUCAAAAUGUAGUGGGUGGGAUCUUAUCACUCCUUUCACGUAAACUAUAAUAUAUGUUAUGUUACAUGUAGGCGAAUUAAUAGUGGGGGUGGUUAAUGUCGUCAUUCUUCAUUUAUUUUCAAUCGAUAAGUUUUGACACAGUGACUUGUAAGUUUAUGUACAAAACCUUGUGUUGAACCUCCCAGCAGAGCAAAAAUGGAAUAGCAUAUUCAUUGAGAAUCUAUUACUGAAUCCCAUGAACAGAAACCGAAACAUUUCAUGUGCUUUCUUCAUCGAAAGUUUGGUAUAUGCGUUGAGAAAAUUCACAAUACCCGAAAUAUGCUGACUUUCGUUCAUAUAUCCACUACCUUAAUUUUUAUUUCAGAAAAAAUAAAAUAACAAUAUAUCGAUCAACUUUAUGAUAGAGUGUAGCGCUAAUAGAGAGAGUAUUAGGAGUGACGAUGCAGACGAAAACGAUAUGAUAAUCAUUAUUAAUAACCAAAAUAAACCGGGAGGAGGAAAAAGUGUUAAAUAUUGUUAUUUCUUGACACAUUAAAAGCGGUCUAGUGUAACGUACCAACUUUACGUUUUCUGCAAGUUUUUUUUUUCUGGUAAAAAAACUUGAGUGGAAAAUUUCGUCGUCUUCAGCCAUCAGAAAAAUCUUACUGACAAAUUCAAUUCAGUUCUUUCAUUUUUUGUUUGUUAGCUAGCUUCAACACACACACAUGCAUAUAUUAAAUUAAUAUAUUCUUAAAAUAUAUACAUACAGUUCUUUUUUUCAUAUUUUCACAAAAAAAAAAAAACAAAUACAUCUCUAUAUUCUCUAAUGGAACCUCUGUGUUAAGCUCCAUAUACAGUUUUCAAGCAAAUCUUGAGAUCAAACUCUUACCACUCUCAUGGAUUCCUUUCCUUAAAGGUUUUGUGAAGAUGGGUGGUGAAAAGUUUGAAUUUUUGAUCUGGGUUUCAUCUAUUUCUUGCCUACUCUGCCUCUGCUAUGGAUACGUACCUGCGGAUAACUACCUCAUCAACCUUGGAUCACCCAACAAUGUCACUGUGACCGGUCGUGUGUUCAUCUCUGAUACCCUCGCCUCAAACCUCUUAACCUCUACCAGCGAAACCCUCGCCGCAAGUAACAGCAACUCUGUUUCAGAUAUCUACCAGACGGCGAGAAUCUUCACCGGAAUCUCCAAGUACAGAUUCUCCGUCGCUCCAGGCCGACACUGGCUUCGUCUCCAUUUCAGUCCUUUUCAUUACCAAACCUUCCAAAUGGAGUCAGCCAAAUUCUCUGUCUCGUCGCAGACACAUGUCUUCUUGAGUGAUUUCACCGUGACGUCAAGAGUUAUUAUGAAGGAGUAUUAUCUGAACGUAGACACGGAUCAUCUAGAGCUCACGUUUACUCCCUCCGGUAACUCUUUCGCGUUUGUGAACGCACUCGAGGUUGUUUCGGUACCUGAUACAUUGAUCAGCGGUGAUCCUUCGUUCGCGGGGAGUCACGGGAGCUUUAACGAGUUGUCAUUGCAAGCUCUCGAGACGGUUCAUAGAUUAAACAUGGGCGGUCCGCGCGUUACACCUGAUAACGACACUCUUUCGAGGACCUGGGAGACAGAUUCUGAGUUUCUAGUCGAGAAGAAUCUAGUCAAGAACGUGUCCAAGAUUCCAAGCGUUCGUUAUAAACCCGAGUUCGCAACGGAGGAGACUGCUCCUAAAAGUGUAUACGGUACUUGCAGCGAGAUGAACUCCGGAUCUAACCCGGCUAGCAAUUUCAACGUGACGUGGGAGUUCGAAGUCGAAACCGGUUUCAAGUACUUUCUCCGGUUCCAUUUCUGCGAUAUCGUGAGCAAGUCUCUAAACCAGCUCUACUUCAAUCUUUACGUUGACUCGAUGAUGGUUGUGAGGGAUCUUGAUCUAAGCUCUUAUGAAAUCAACGCUCUAGCCGUAGCAUACGUGAUGGAUUUUGUGACGGUAUCAGAAAAGAAGAGUGAUAGAAUCCGUGUGAGCAUUGGUCGGUCGAGUAUACACGGGGUUUACCCUGAUGGGAUUCUAAACGGGUUAGAGAUCAUGAAGAUGAAUAACUCCAAAAGUCAGCUUAGUACAGGGACGUUUCUCCCUGCUGGUGGUUUAACCAAGAAGAAGAAUGUUGGUUUGAUCGUUGGUGCAACGGUUGGUUCUUUGAUUGCUUUAGUGGUUCUUGGAGGUUUCUUUAUACUGUUCAAGAAACGAAGAGGAGGUAAUAAUCACUCAAAGACUUGGACUCCUUUGUCUACUAAUGGAGCAGCUUCAGGAUCAAGUGGAGCUACUGUUGCGAGUUUAGCUUCUAACUCAAGCUACCGAAUCCCUCUUGCAGCGGUUAAAGAGGCGACGAACAGCUUCGACGAGAACCGUGCUAUUGGAGUGGGAGGUUUUGGUAGAGUGUACAAAGGAGUGCUUCAAGACGGCACGCAAGUAGCUGUUAAAAGAGGCAACCCAAAGUCUCAGCAAGGCUUUGAGGAGUUCAAGACGGAGAUCGAGAUGUUGUCUCAGUUCCGACACCGACAUUUGGUGUCUUUGAUCGGUUACUGCGACGAGAACAGGGAGAUGAUUCUUGUUUACGAGUACAUGGAGAACGGAACGUUAAAGAGUCAUCUCUACGGCUCUGGUUUACCUACCUUGAGUUGGAAGCAACGUCUCGAGAUAUGUAUUGGAUCAGCUAGAGGGUUGCAUUAUCUCCACACCGGUGACUCUAAAUCAGUGAUCCACAGAGAUGUGAAGUCUGCAAACAUUUUGCUAGACGAGAAUCUCAUGGCGAAAGUUGCGGACUUUGGACUGUCGAAGACCGGACCAGAGAUAGACCAGACUCAUGUGAGUACUGCUGUGAAAGGAAGCUUCGGUUAUCUCGACCCUGAGUACUUUAGAAGACAGCAGCUCACUGAGAAGUCAGAUGUUUACUCGUUCGGAGUCGUUAUGUUCGAGGUUCUAUGCGCGAGGCCCGUUAUAGACCCGACGCUUCCUAGAGAGAUGGUGAAUCUUGCGGAAUGGGCGAUGAAAUGGCAGAAGAAAGGACAGCUUGAACAUGUUAUUGAUCAGUCCUUGCGCGGUGAGAUCGUACCUGAUUCGCUGAGGAAGUUUGGUGAGACGGGGGAGAAGUGUUUAGCUGAUUAUGGAGUUGAUAGGCCGUCGAUGGGAGAUGUGUUGUGGAAUCUUGAGUAUGCUUUGCAGCUUCAAGAAGCUGGGGUUGAUUGUGAUCAAGAAGAUGAUAAUAGUACCAACAUGAUCGGUGAGUUGCCUUUACGGUUUAAUGAUUAUAACAACCGUGGAGACACGAGUGUUAGUGUUGGUGUAGUAACUAGAGAGGGACGGUUUGGAGAAGGAGAAGAAGAAGAGUCGUGUGUUGAUGAUCUUUCAGGUGUUUCCAUGAGUAAAGUCUUCUCACAGCUCGUUAAAUCUGAAGGACGAUAAGAAUCUUUGUUCUGCUCAAACUUUUAUUUCUUCUGUACAUGAUUAACGAGUAGACUGUGAUUUAAUUAAGUAACCGGUUCGCUUCGGUUUAAUCACCUAA